AUAUAUUGUUGAGAUUAGUUCACAAAAUCACAGUCAAUUAGACAAGAUGAAGACGUUAACAGUGGUUUUAGUUGUUAUUGUAUUUGGUAUUCAAAUAUCGGGGUACUUGAUACAAGUGCCUACAGCAUCUCCAGUAUUGUUUAGAGAUCCUGUUCCUUCGCAAUGGCUACACUUACAAAAAUUGAUGAUUCCUCUAUUCGAAAAUGUUUGCGAAGACAGUACCGACCCCGUCAUUCGAAAACUAGCUCAAGAUUUUACCAUAAUCCCAGCAGACUACUUGGAACCAAAUGCAAUUACAAAUUUGCAAAAGCUUAUGUCAGCUGGCUUAUUGCCCAAGGGAGAAAUUUUCAGUGAAUAUAAUCCUGAACAUAUGAAGCAGCUGAAAAUUGUGUACGAAGCGUUUUACUCAGCCAAAAACUUUGAUGCGUUUUAUAAAGUCGCUGCUUGGGCGAGACAAAAUGUAAACUGCGGACUUUAUGUGAAUGCUGUGUACAUGGUUAUUCAAAGUAGAAAAGAUAUGGCGAAAUUGUCCAUACCAGCGCCAUACGAAGUACUACCAAAUUACUUUAUACACAAAGAUGUUCUUAUCAAAGCAACUUCCAUUCUUAGUGGACAAGAAGUAACUCCAACCGAAGGUCUUCGUGAUGAAGGGAAUACAUAUUACUUGGAUGCCAACUACACUGGUAUAUUUUACAACAACGAGGAUGAUUCAAAGUUGGCGUACUUCCGUGAAGAUAUUGGUUUAAAUUCCUAUUACUAUUUGAGAAAAUUGAGGCUGUCACCAUGGUUCAACAGUGAUAUUAACGAUAGAUAUGGAGAAAAUAUCUACCAAAUGAUGAAACAAUUCGGUGCAAGGUAUAAUUUGGAAAGAUACGCUAAUGGCUUUCCGGAGAUAGAUGGUAUUGACUGGAAUUCUUUACCUGAUAUUCCAUAUGAUCCUGAAUUACUUUACUCAGAUGGGAAGGAGUUCAAUCAUAGAACAAUGCCUCUAGAAUUUCCAGUAAAUGAUGAAAUCACGUUAUUACAAACUAUAGAAAAUAAUGUAGCAACUGUCGUUAGUCACAUGAAACAAUUCUUUCAGCGCCAGAGUGGAUACAAUAAAACGCAGAUACUAAAUCAUUUAAUGGAAAUCCUAGUCACGGGAGAGCGGAGUUAUGAGACAUUGGCUCGCCAGCUCCUUGGCAAAGAUCGUACCAACAACGGACACGUCUCGGUACUGGAACACUACAUGACUUCACUGCGGGAUCCAAUGUUUUGGAAGAUAAACAAGAAAAUAGUCGACCUCGUGGAUAGUGCUCUAAAACUAUUGCCCACAUAUUCAAGAAACGAGCUAUACUUCCCUGGAGUGGAGAUCGUAAAUAUUGACGUGAAAAAGAUGAUGACAGCGUGCGAUUACUUCGAGUUCGACGUUACAGACGCACUAAAAUUAGACGAUAGUAAGUCGACGUUCAACGUUAAAAUAGGUCAACCUAGAUUAAAUCAUAAGCCGUUUACAGUCAAACUUAACAUAUCUUCUCUUGUAACUAAAAAGGGCUUAGUUAAAAUUUAUUUGGGACCUAAGCUUUCACCUGGAGAACUGGCUGCUAAAAAGAAUCUUUUUACGCUACUUGACGUAUUUGAAGUAAAUCUUAAAGUAGGAACUAACGUAAUAUCUAGGACAUCAGAUGACAUGCAGCACUUUUCAUCAGACUUUGUGUCGAUUAAAACUAUUCGUAAAAAUAUAGAAGAUGCUGAAUUCGGUUUGAACUCUUUACCUUUAAAACGGAUUGAAGAACAGAUUGGUUAUCCAACAAGACUUAUUUUACCAAAAGGUUUGACUCAAGGACUACCUAUCCAAAUGUUUGUAUUUAUUGCACCAUUUACUAAAGCAAGUGUUAGCAGUUCUUAUUCAGCAAGCAAUGCAGAAUUCAAUUCUGCAAUUUUAUCACCUGGCUAUCCACUAGACUUGGUGAUUGAAGACAAGCAACUAUUCGGGUUACCAAACGCAUUGAUCAAGUAUGUUACCAUUACUCAAAAAAGUGACAGUAAAGUAGAAAACUAUGGAGGACCUGGUGUAACAAAGCAAUGGUAUGGCACUAAUACUUACGAUCCAUCAGCACGACCAAACUACUCUGCAAAUACCCGAAAAUCGUUUGAUUACAAUGCCAAGAAAGGACCUUCAAAUAAUGAGAUUGAUGAGAAUGGGGUGAGUGAAUAUGAUAUUGCUCCUGAAAAUUCCUUCAAUUACCGAGAGGAACCUUCACAGGGAAGCUUUGUUCCCAAAGGAUUGAAUGAUCACAACACAAAUGUUGACACAGUUCGGUCCUUGAAUUUUAUGAAGUUUGAUACUGUGUUAAAUAACAAUGUAGAUGUAAUAAAAUUAGAAAAAAAAGAUGAGACUGACAAACAACUAGACACUGAUAAAUAUACUACUGUAAAAUAUGAAGAAAUCGACUCAGAAACGGUAGUUCCGGAAAAGAAAGAUGUUGAUUCUGAUAUUGAAAAUAAGGAACAAGAAAAAUUAACUAUGCCACGUCUGUUAAAAUCGUCGCAAUAUGACUAUGCAUCAAAAUCUAAAUAUAAGGAAUCAUUCGAUUACAAGGCCAAGAACGCACAAUUUGAUAAAACAGAUUAUACUUCCAAAAGAGUAGAUUACAAAAAAUAUAACUCAUACAAGCCACCUGUCGAAGAAGAAAAUUUGAUUGCUACUACAUCGGCACCAUUAGUAAAGGAAGAUGCUGUUAAUGAUGAAGAAAUAAUCGAUACAUAUCAACCAACGAUUGAAGACUAUGCAUCUAAGAGAAAAGAACAUUACGAUUAUAAAGCAAAAAAAGCUCAAUUUGACAGAAAAGAUUAUACUUCCAAAAGAGGAGAUUACAAGAAAUAUCACUCACCGACGUUACUCGAAGUACAAAUCCUGGAUGCUAUUACAUCAGGAUCUUUAAUAAAGGAUUUUGAUGAUGAAGACAAAUUGGACAUAUUGUUGGAUAAAUCAGCGUAUCAACCAAAGAUUGAAGACUAUGCAGCUAAGAGAAAAGAAAAUUACGAUUAUAAAUCAAAGAAGGCGCAAUUUGACAGGAAAGAUUAUACUUCAAAAAGAGGAGAUUACAAGAAAUAUCACUCAACGACCUUACCAGUCGAAGAAGAAACCCUAGAUGCUACUACAUCAGCAUCUUUAAUAAAGGAUGUUGAUGAUGAAGACAAAUUGGAUAUACUAUUGGAUAAACAAACAUAUCAACCGAAGAUUGAAGACUAUGCAGCUAAGAGAAAAGAAAAUUACGAUUAUAAAGCAAAGAAGGCGCAAUUUGACAGGAAAGAUUAUACUUCAAAAAGAGGAGAUUACAAGAAAUAUCACUCAACGACCUUACCAGUCGAAGAAGAAAUCCUAGAUGCUACUACAUCAGCUUCUUUAAUAAAGGAUGAUUAUGUUGAUGAUGAAGACAAAUUGGAUAUACUAUUGGAUAAACCAACAUAUCAACCGAAGAUUGAAGACUAUGCAGCUAAGAGAAAAGAAAAUUACGAUUAUAAAGCAAAGAAGGCGCAAUUUGACAGGAAAGAUUAUACUUCAAAAAGAGGAGAUUACAAGAAAUAUCACUCAGCAACGUUACCAGUCGAAGAAAAAAUCCUGGAUGCUAUUACAUCGGCAGCUUUAAUAAAAGAUGAUUAUGUUGAUGAUAAAGAGAAAUUGGACAUAAUAUUGGAUAAACCAUCGUAUCAAACAAAGAUUGAAGACUAUGCAGCUAAGAGAAAAGAAAAUUACGAUUAUAAAGCAAAGAAGGCGCAAUAUGAAAAUAAAGAUUAUUCAGCAAAAAGGAAAGAUUACAAUAAAUAUCGUUCAUUUGAUCAAGAAGAAGAUCAUGUGACUACUUCUGCAGCAACUUUAUUAAAAGAAGAUAUUAUUAGCAAAGAAGAAGACAUCAACAUGUUAAUGGAUACACCAUCGUAUCGAGCAAAAAAUGACUAUGCCUCUAAAAGAAAAGAACAGUAUGAUUACAAAACCAAGAAAGCACAAUUUGAUAAGAAAGACUAUUCAGCCAAAAGAGCAGAAUACGAAAAAUACCGUACUGCGCUACCAAAAGAAGAAAAAUUCACCACAGAAUCCGUUAUUAUUAUACCUGAAGACACAAAUGAUGUUAUAGCAAGAGUGCAACUAGAAAAGGAUGAUAAUAAUGUUGAUCUUAUUAGCGAAAUUAAAGAAAAUAACGUUGAUGUUUUAAACAAAAAAGAUCUUAAUGAUUUAGCCCUAAAAGACGUUGAUACCAAUGUAAUAGAAAUCUUCGAUCCAUUUCGACUCGAUGUGAGAAGACGUACUCCCACAGUGUACGACUUUUUGUUUCACACAUUUGAUUAUGACAGCCCUGAAAAUAAAGUGUACGAAGACACUGAUGAUGACCAGAAGAUGGCCAUGCUGCGCAAGGCCUUCCAGAUGUUCGACACCACCAAGUCGGGAUACAUCGACGUCCUGAAGAUCUCAACCAUCCUCAACACCAUGGGCCAGCUCUUCGAUGACUCUGAACUGCAGGCUCUCAUCGAUGAAAAUGACCCAGAAAACUCUGGCAAGAUUAACUUCGAUGGCUUCUGCAACAUCGCUUCCCACUUCUUGGAGGAGGAAGACGCUGAAGCUAUGCAACAGGAACUGAAGGAAGCCUUCAGGUUGUACGAUCGUGAAGGAAACGGGUACAUCACCACCUCUACUCUGAAGGAGAUCCUGGCUGCCCUUGACGACAAGCUCAGCUCAAGCGAUUUGGACGGCAUCAUCGCUGAAAUUGACACUGACGGAUCCGGAACCGUCGACUUCGAUGUCGUGGUGAUGCUUCGAUUUACCUUAGCACUAUGGCUUGCUUUAGGAAUAUGCAAGUCAGCGCCAAUGGAUGAAUUUAACGGCUUUAUAAACCAAGGAGAAUUGUCUGCCAAUCCUGAUGGAGAUUUAACGGGAAUUGUGCCUGGAUACCUUCCUCAGGGAUCUCUAAAAUCUGAUCUCUUUAGUGGCCUAUUAGGGUUACAAAGUGAUUACGUAACCCUAACAGAUUUCAUCCAAAAAAGUGCCUCAUUAAAAGGCCUCACUUUUAACAUCUACAAUGACGAAAUGAAAGAUGCUGCCAAUGGUUUAUUUAAAUUACUAUAUAACGCAGGAGAUUUUGGCUAUGAUAUUGACAAGAUAAUAAAUCUAAAAGAAUUUAAUGAUGACGUGGUAACAUAUGCGAAGCAAAUAAACUUAUUGUACAGAGACAAACCAUAUAGUGUCGAUGCAUUUCCACCACCUUUUAUUACAAAACCCAAUCAUUUUGUAAAUGGUGAAACUAUAGUAAAGGCUUUAAAACUUGCAAACUACAUUAACAAUGACAUAGAUAUCACUGAUGAAGCUCAUGUUGACCAGUACUUCAAGACUUAUGACAUUCUCACGAUUAACUCUAACUACUCUGGUUGGAACCUGCCUGAGAAUGGUGGGGAAGAGUAUUUGAACUACUUUAGAGAAGACAUUGGUUUGAAUAGCUACUACUAUGGCGUGCACCUGAUACAUCCCUUCUGGUUAUUCCAUAGUAAAGUGUAUACGGCAAAUUCAAGGUCAGAUGAGCACUACUAUUAUAUUCAUCAGCAGCUUGCAGCACGUUUAUAUCUUGAGAAAGAACAUUUGCGACAGGAAAAUGGAACUAAGAAAACUGAAUUUGGUGACUACCAUCCUUAUCUAAUUCAUGAGAAUGGAUUGCCUUUCCCGACCAGGUCAGGAACUAUGGGAGAUUGGAAUGAGGAUAGAGCUAAAAUUAAAUCUAUUGAUAUUGCUAUUAGAGAGUGUAUGGCGAGAAGACUGAUUGUGAUGGACAGGAAAUCUAUAGAACUAACUGAAGAAAACUACGUGAAAUUAUUGACCAGAUUAUUUAGAGGCAAUUUUGAAGUUGGAAAAGUUUCUAAAGUCAUAAGGUCAUUGUUUGGUUAUGGUGGGAAUGGAUAUCCAAUCGAAGGAUAUAACCCAGCACCAUCUUUACUGCACCAUCCAGAAACAACAUUAAGAGAUCCAAUAUACUGGUACAUGAUGCAGUAUGUUCUCAAUUACUUUACUGAAUUCACGGAGUACAUCGAACCAGCUUAUAUGCAGAAGGAUGAUGCCACAAAACAUUGUGAAAUUACUGAAGCUGAUUUACCAAAAAUAACAACGUAUUUCGACUACUACCAAUUUGAUAUAAGCAAUGCUGUCUUCAAAACAAAUUCUCCAGAAGAUAGAAUGCCAUUGACAAUAACAGCGCGACAGAAAAGACUGAAGCAUUCCAAGUUUCAAUUUAACUUUACCGUUGAUUGUACAGGUGUGAAGGACACUAUUGUUCGAUUGUUCCUCGGACCUCCAUGCACUGAUAGAUGCUGGGAGGAAUAUAAUCACUUUUUCGAGCUCGAUAAGUUUGCCUUUGCUCCCGCCGAAGAAGGACCAAGCACCAUAAUCUGGUCUCCAGAGAUCUCAACUAGGUUUUCAAAUGAUGAAUAUUAUAAUAUGGAAGGCUCAUCAACACAAGCAGAUAGAAAGAAUAAUUUCAACCUAUUUAAGUUUCCAGAAAAUCUUAUUAUACCUAGAGGUACUCCAAAUGGACUGAAUUUUACAUUAUUUAUCAUGAUUACGCCAGCUGAUGAAUAUUUAGAUGAACAUUCUUUUAUCAAAUUCUUUGGAGAAAUUAGGAAUGACCUUGAUAAUAAGCCGGCAGGCUAUCCCUUUGACAGGCCAGCUAUUGGAUACUAUGACGAUGCUCCAAAUUACAAAUUCUAUAACAUCACAAUAUCCCAUAAGCAAAACCACAUUCCAAAGAAUGGUUAUUUCUCACCUAACCUCCAAUAAAAGCGUUGUCUUUUGAUUCUCUUGGGUUAUUGUAUUAGAAAUCAGUAUUAUUAGAAAUAAAAUUUAGUUUAUGUACAUAUAA